AUGAGGCAGCAAGUCGGUGAUUCGUUACCCCCGGGAGAUUUUUAUCUGCUGGAAUACAAAAAAGCCACGGCAUGUAACUCUGGGAGGAAGGAUUUGUCUACGUCUUCGGGACCUUUACCAUCACACUUGCAGCUGGGGCUUCUUCUGCCAACUUAUCGAACUGCAAUCGCUUGCCUGACGUAUUUUCACGGUGUUGGCAGUACUGACAGUGAGAUUAUUCUUUACACAUUCACUGGUGACAUUGUCAACGUGAAAGAAGAAUACAUUCCAUCUGAGGAAGCGCCCGACAGGCAGCUGUACGCUGUCACAUAUCCCGAGACCUUUGCUUCUCAAGGAAAAGCCUUCUGGCAACACACCGGAGCUGGUAUUUCAAGUCGUUGUGCUGUAUACUGGCUAGAACAUGCGCCUUUUCUUAAGAACAAGAAAUUUGCACAAGGAACACCCGCAGAGCUGCCACUCGAAGACGGUAAUCGAUCGGCGAUCAUGAUUCGUGAACGGAUUGCAAAUUCCUUGUCGUCCCAGGUAGAAGACGUGACUUUGUAUCCGACCGGUAUGUCAGCCAUUAGCAACACAUCACUUGCCGUACGCAGUUUGCACAGCGGGGAGAAUGGCCUGCACCGAGUGGCCAUAUUUGGGUUCCUAUACGUUGAUACCUUCAAGGUAUUGAGUAAGAUUCACGGCAUGAAAUGUUGUUUAUACGGUCAUGGCUCACCUGAGGACUUGGAUAAGCUUGAGACAGACCUGAAUGGCGGCUUGUUUGUUGAUGCGCUUUAUACGGAAUUCCCUGGGAACCCUCUACUGCGAUCACCCGACUUGGAAAGACUGCACAAACUCUCCCGAAAGCACGGAUUUGUUUUAGUAGUUGAUGACACAGUCUGUACAGCGGUUAACGUAGCCCUCUUUCCUUACUGCGACAUCAUCUGUACAAGCCUUACAAAGAUGUUCAGCGGCGGCUGCAACGUUAUGGGCGGGUCCUCUACCUUAAAUCAACAGUCACCAUGGUAUGCAAGGUUGAAAUCUGCUUUCUCAAAACAAACCCGUGAGCCUUACUUUCCUCUCGACGCUAUGGUUAUGGAAAAGAACAGCCGAGAUUUUAGGGAGCGUGUUCUAAAAGCGAGUACGAACACAGAGAUGGUUGUCGACAUUCUCAAAGACCAUCAAUGCGUGGAACAAGUUUUCUAUCCAAAAGGAAGCUCGUCAGAGCAUAUUUACAAUAAAUUUCGUCGGAGCGAGGGCGGAUACGGGUUUCUGGUUUCCAUUCGAUUCGUGGCACCCGAAGCUGCAAUUGCAUUCCACGAUGCGUUGGAUGUGGCAAAGGGGCCGAGUCUUGGUACGAAUUUUACACUCUGCUGUGCGUAUACAUUAUUGGCCCACUAUUCAGAGCUAGAUUGGGCUGCCCAAUAUGGAGUUGUUGAGCAUCUAGUGAGAAUAAGUGUCGGGGUCGAGAGCCAAAGUCACCUCAGGGACGUUGUAAAUAAGGCUUUGACCGCUGCUGAGAAAGCUAUUGCUACCUGA